UAUAGCUACUGUAAAGACAUCAAGGACUGAUCCACACUAAGUUUAGGCUACUACAGCUAAGCUCAUCACUGAAGCUACAGGAGGACCCCUAAAGGGCGGAGCGAUUUUAUCCAGAAAAAGUAGGAUAUCCGAAAUCUGGAAGUCUGAAACUGAAAUCAAGAAGUAGCGUUUUUGAUUUUGUUUGCUUUUUUUCUUCAUAGAAAAAGUAUCGUUCGUUUUUGAAAUGGAUGGAUGGCUUAAUCGACGUACAGUAACAGGCCCACGCACAUCUUAAGCGACUAUGGGCUUUUGUGUAUCCCAUUUUUGAAUUUUAAAGCGAAAACGAUACUAAAGUAACAGUUUUUAAUAGUAUUCAUACCAUUGACUGCAUUCCUCGAAAUGGCCUUUGUUUGUUUUUAACGUGUUACGUUAUCUGCAUCGACUUAUAUUAUUUUGAGGGAAAAAAAGCGGAUGAGUAUCUACUAAAACAUGAGGUGUUUAUUGAUGGGAUAUGUACGUAGGGGACUGUGAAUAUGAUUCAUAAAUAUUUUUUCCUCUGCCUGUGGAUUUGGUUCUCGCAUGGUGUGUUUGAUGUUAAAACGGAUGAAGUAAAGUUAUCAGUGAUGGAAGGAGAUUCUGUCACUUUAAACACGGAUGUCACUGAAGUACAGAAAAAUGAUCUCAUACUGUGGUUGUUUCAAAUUAAUAAUUCAGACACUCGUAUAGCUGAAAUCCAUAAGCAGGUCUUUGAUAUGUAUGAAAGUAAUAAGACAUUUGGAGACAGACUGCACAUGGACAGUCGAACUGGAGCUCUGACCAUCAGGAACAUCAGAACUGAACACUCUGGACUUUAUAAACUAACAAUUAUCAAAGGAGGGGUCACAUACAAGAGUUUUUCAGUUGCUGUCUAUGCUCCUCUACCCAUUCCUGUCAUCACUAGAGGCACUUCAAACUGUUCUUCAUCAUCAUCAUCUGAAAGAUCAUCAGUGUCCAGAUGUUCAUUGUUGUGUUCAGUGUUGAAUGUGAGUGAUGUGACUCUCUCCUGGUACAAAGGAAACAGUUUAUUGUCCAGCAUCAGUGUGUCUGAUCUCAGCAUCAGUCUCUCUCUACCUCUGGAGGUGGAAUAUCAGGAGAAAAACACCUACAGCUGUGUGCUCAACAAUCCCAUCAGUAACCAGACCAGACAUCUGGACAUCAGUCAACUCUGUCAGACAUGUAUUGAGCUCCUGCAGUUACAGUCAUUGGGAUUAUCAGUUAGUAUAGUGGUGGUGCUGGUCUUGGCUGUAGUUGUGGGGGCGGUAUGUUUUCACCGCAGGAAAUGCAAACAAGCAACACCAGAAGAAACCGGAUGAAGAACACCACAUCAUAUACUCCAGUGUUAAUUUUAAAAUGACAGGAUCAGUGUAUUAGCAUUUUGGUGACUAAUAUGAAACUGGCAUGAAAAAGUCAUUUUCAAGUAUUUCAGGGUCAAUGAUCUCAAAGUGCAUCUUUAAGGGCAGAUUUUCAGAGAGUGGCAAAUGCUUCACAGUUCCGAAUGUGAGUGAUUGAAGCCUAGUGUUUCAGUGUCAUCAGUAUUUUAUCACUAUAUCAGGAUCGAUUAACAUCCUAUAUAUGUAUUGUUAAUUUCUCUGGAAUAUUUGAUAUUGAUUGGUCAGUUGGGAUUCAGCAAUCAAAUAUUUCUGAAUAAUCUCCACUCAUCUGAGUAACUCCGUAUAACUGACCACUCAUCCCUAAAAUCUCAUAGAUAUUAUUUAAUGGUUUAUACGUAAUAUUACAUUGGAACUUCAGUGUUUGACGCCAAUUUAAUCUAACUUUGGCCUUCCAACAUGCUGUUACUUGUUCUGCAGUCAACUGUUUACCUGUUAGACAAGACAUAUUCAUGCAAGUUCAGCUCUGUUGCUGGAAUCUUCCUCUUAUACCCUGUUAAACAUUCUCAGUAGACACUGAAGUCUAAACAAAACCUAUUUUCUGUAUUUUUUCUACUAUCAGCUCUUUUAUAAAUGUACUAACUCUGAUAUACUUUUUUUAA